GGAGAGCAGUCUCUGACAGGAGUGAGACUGCCCAGGAUGUCUAGCUGCCUGCCAAAACUGACCACGGUGGUGCUGACUCACAGACUCAGGGCUCUGUUUAUCCUCACCAUUUCACUUGUGUUCUUUGCCUCUGUCAUGUUCUACUGGAGGACUGGGGAGGAUGCUGAGGGCCAGGUCUACAGCUUGCCUACACAAAGCAUGUGUGCACAGUAUUCUCCUCCCCAAGCCAUUGCUGGUGGGCCCCCUCCUCCACCAGGGGAUGUGUUUUUUGUGGAGACCUCAGAGCGAACUAAACCAAAUUACCUGUUCACAUGCUCCGUGGAGUCAGCAGCCCGGGCACAUCCUGGGACAAAGGUCGUGGUGCUCAUGAAAGGUUUGGCAAAAGGGAAUGCCUCAUUACCCAACCACUGGGCAUUCUCAUUGCUGAGCUGCUUCCCCAACGUGGAAAUCCGACCCUUAGACUUGCAGGAGCUUUUCUCAGGGACACCUCUGGCAAAGUGGUACUUGCAGCCUGAGCACCAGAAGGAACCUUAUUUCUUACCUGUCCUGUCUGAUGCCUGCAGAAUUACCAUCAUGUGGAAAUUUGGCGGCAUCUACUUGGACACAGACUUCAUUGUGCUUAAGAACUUGAAGAACCUCACUAAUGCCCUCGGUAUUGAGGCUCAUAAUCUACUGAAUGGGGCCUUUCUGUCCUUUAAGCCCAAGCAUGAAUUCAUGGAGCUUUGCAUGCAGGACUUUGUGAAGAACUACAAUGGCUGGAUCUGGGCGCACCAGGGCCCAGGACUCUUAACGCGCGUCUUCAAGAGGUGGUGCUCCAUCAGUAAUAUCAAGAACAACAUGACCUGCAAAGGAGUGCGAGCUCUUUCCCCGGAAGCUGUAUAUCCUAUUCACUGGAGUGCCUGGAAAAUGUUAUUUGAACCAAUCAGCUCCUUAAAGCUUCGUAGGAUCCUUAAGAACACCUAUGCGUUGCAUGUGUGGAACAAACUGAGCCAUGGGACAAAGCUAGAGAUCACAUCGCAGGCUUUCCUGUCUCAGCUGUAUUCUCAGUUCUGCCCUGCCACAUAUGCAAAGAUGAAGAAGGACUCUGAAGAGCAGUCAAGGCCUGCAGUGUGA